UCUUUUUUUUUUGUAUAAUAAAACACUUAGUGUAGACAGAAAGUGGCUAAGGCUGAAAGAGCAGUGCAUGUUUCAAAAACUAAUAAAUGCUUUUCAAAGUCUAUGAUUCCCUUACAAACGAUCAAACCUCCUGGUCUGUGUGAUACAAAAAAGCAAUAUCAUCAAUGGGAUCCUUACAUUUGUCGAGCCAAUGAACUCGAGGCGGGAGCUCCACAUAUCGCCUUUUUUAUACGAAAGUAUGUCGUUGAACGUCUCAACACUUUCAAAGAAGAUUUUCAGACAGAACCAGAAAUGGAAACAUUAUUUCUCGAACAAUUAAAUGCCGCUGAAAAGCUUAGUCAAUUUGUAGACAAGGAUAAAGGAAGACAAAUCUAUCGAGAUUUUUGUUUCUGUGUAUUUAAAAAGGCUUAUGAUGAAGAACUAGAAAACGCUGCUAAUUGGUUUCAUUUUUAUGUCGCUGCCUUGCUAUUAGACACACUCAAGCAGUUUGGUCCGUUAGAUUCUUUUGCAAAAAAAAGAAGAGACUACGCCAAAAUGAAAGCCGUGGAUUUAAGCAAAAAAUUGGGUAAUUGUUCCCCGAAAUUUUCUAAAGAACUUGAACAGGACAACAACCAAAGCAUUCAUAACACUUCGCCAAUUGUAUCAUCGCCAAAAGAGUUAGUUACGGAUACUCUAGUAGAUAGUACGCUUGCACAAGAUUAUUUGACAAAGGGAAUUGAUGAAGAAACAUUACAAUCAAUUAACAACGCGAAAGAGAGUGUUAAAAAUUCUUUAGCAGCAUUAAGUUUUUAUGAUGUUAAUGACGCUAUUCAACAUUUAUCUCAAGCAUUACAUUAUUUAAAAGAAAAACAAUAAUUUCACUUAUUAAACGAUAUUUUUUAAUAGCAUGAGCUUUUUAAAGGAAUUAAUAC